UCACUCUGAAGCCAGGAGCAGGCCUGCUGAGCCCUUGGGAGAGACAGGAGCAGAUUCCCGAUGCCUUACCCACCUGUGACCCCAGGUGGGUGUGGCUGAGUGUGCUGGCUGGAGGCCUCUCUCGCUGCUUCAGGGCCCCUGGAGACCUGCAAGAUGGAGGGGGCGCGUAAGGAGAAGCUGGCAUCUGUGUCCAAUCUUGUGACUGUGUUUGAAAACAGCAGGACACCGGGAGCAGCACCCGGAGCCCACGUGCUGGAGGCCACACAUCACAGCCCUGGGUGCAGGCCUCCCCCUCCCGCAGGACCAUGGGAGAGGCCCAGUGUGGGGGAGGCCCUGGGGUCCGGGCCCAGGACGGUCAGCAGGAGGUACUUGAGCUCCCUGAAGAACAAGCUGUCCAGCGGGGCCUGGAGGAAAUCUUGCCAGCCCGGGACCCACCCGGGGCCAGGGAUGCAGGAGCCUGAGGAGAAGAGGAUCGUCCAGGAGCUGCUGGAGACAGAGCAGGCCUAUGUGGCACGCCUCCAUCUGCUAGACCAGGUAUUCUUCCAGGAGCUGUUGAAGGAGGCGCGAAGCAGCAAGGCCUUCCCCGAGGAUGUGGUCAGGCUCAUCUUCUCCAACAUCUCCUCCAUCUACCAGUUCCACGCACAGUUCUUCCUCCCAGAGCUGCAGCGGCGGCUGGAUGACUGGUCAGCCACCCCACGUAUUGGUGACGUGAUCCAGAAACUGGCCCCCUUCCUGAAGAUGUACAGUGAGUAUGUCAAGAACUUUGAGCGAGCUGCUGAGCUGCUGGCCACCUGGAAUGACAAGUCUCCCCAAUUCCAGGAGGUUCUCACCCGCAUUCAGAGCAGCAAGGCCUCGGGCAGCCUGACCCUGCAGCACCACAUGCUGGAACCUGUGCAGAGAAUCCCACGCUACGAGCUGCUGCUCAAGGAGUACGUCCAGAAGCUGCCAGCUGAGGCCCCAGACCGGGCCGAUGCCCAGAAAGCCCUGGACAUGAUCUUCUCAGCCGCGCAGCACUCCAAUGCAGCCAUCACUGAGAUGGAGCGACUGCAGGAGCUGUGGGAGGUGUACCAGCGCCUGGGCCUGGAAGACGACAUCGUGGACCCCUCCAACACCCUCCUCCGCGAGGGCCCCGUUCUCAAGAUCUCCUUCCGCCGCAGUGACCCCAUAGAGCGCUACCUUUUCUUGUUCAACAACAUGCUGCUCUACUGCGUGCCCAGGGUCAUCCAGGUGGGUGCUCACUUCCAGGUGAGGACCCGCAUCGACGUGGCUGGGAUGAAGGUGCGGGAGCUGACUGACGCCGAGUUCCCGCACUCCUUCCUGGUGUCUGGGAAGCAGCGCACCCUGGAGCUGCAAGCCCGGUCCCAGGAGGAAAUGAUUUCCUGGAUGCAGGCCUGCCAGGCCGCCAUUGACCAAAUCGAGAAGCGGAAUGAAACCUUUAAGGCUGCGGUCCAGGGCCCUGAAGGCGAUGUCCAGAAGGAGCUGCAGUCCGAGGAGCUGGGCCUCCGGGCCCCGCAGUGGGUCCGGGACAAGAUGGUGACCAUGUGCAUGCGCUGCCAGGAGCCCUUCAACGCCCUGACGCGCCGUCGCCACCACUGCCGGGCCUGUGGCUACGUGGUGUGUGCCAGGUGCUCUGACUACCGGGCUGAGCUCAAAUAUGAUGACAACAGACCCAACCGAGUCUGCUUCAGCUGUUACACGUUCCUCACCGGAAGUGUGCUCCCCGAGGACGACAAGAGGCGGCACAUCCUGGAGAAAGGGUCCACGGCGGGGUCUGAGCAGAGCCUAAUGUGCAGCUUCCUGCAGCUCGUCGGGGACAAGUGGGGCAAGAGCGGCAGCCGGGGCUGGUGUGUGAUCCCCCGGGAUGACCCCCUCGUGCUCUAUGUCUAUGCCGCCCCUCAGGAUAUUCGUGCUCACACCUCCAUUCCCCUGCUGGGCUACCAGGUGACAGCAGGGCCCCAAGGGGACCCCCGGGUCUUACAGCUGCAACAGUCAGGACAGCUCUACACCUUCAAAGCCGAAACUGAGGAGCUGAGGGACCGCUGGAUGAAAGCUAUGGAGCGGGCGGCCAGCGGCUGGAGCCCCAGGGAACCCAGUGAUGGGGAUCUGUCUGACUGAGCCACAGCCAGCCCCUCUCCCCCUCAGAGCCCGGCUCCUGCAGCCUCUGUGACCUUCCAUCCCACGCGGAGUUUUAAAUAAUUGAUUGCUAGUCAUCUAGACCCAGACCGUAUGUCCUGAUUUGGGAUUUAGAAAACAUGGGUCCAUUCCUUUGGGAAGAGGUGGAGGGGUGACCAAGCUCCUGGUUUGCCCAUGGCAGAGGAACUUCCUAGGACGGGGGACUUUCCGUGGUAAAACCCGGGAAGUCCCAGGUCGCCCAGGAUUGUUGGUCACCAGCGUGGUCUCAGCGUGGGCUGCACAUUGGUGUCACCAGGGAUCUUUUAAAAAUACCCAUGGAAAAGAUAUGAAAAUAAACUAAAACUUAAAAUAACAAAACAACAAUACCUG